AUGUCUUUACCACAAUCAUCAAAAUUAAAAUCGGAUGUUGAUCAACUUGAUGAUCUUGUUAAAGAUUUACUUACUGAAGUAAAUCGACCAAUUGGUACAAAUACAACUAAUCGUAGUAGUAAUAAUAAUAAUACAACUAAUAAUAAUAAUAAUAAUAAUAAAUAUUCAACAUCAUCUUCAUCAUAUUCUUAUUCUCGUCAAUCUAAUAAUGAUAAUAAUGAUAUAUCAAAUGCAAAAUUACCUUCAUCUCUCCGAGCAUCAUCAUAUGCACAAGCAUCAACAUUAAAUAAUCAAAAACGUAAUGAUUUUGAUGCUAAUACUGUUAGUGGUCUUAUUGAUGGUUCAUCACUAUCAUCUAAUGGUACACAACGUGAAGAACAACGUAUAAAAACAACACGUGAAGAACGUAUACGUAUAAAACGUGGCGGUGGUGGUAGUGGUGGUGGUGGUGGCGGUGGUGGUGGUGGUAGUACUAGUGAUGGUACAGAAAUACCAAUAACAUCUUCAUCAAUGAAAACAACAACAACAACAACAACAAAUAAACCAGUUCAAUCAACAGCAGCACGUGAUCAAUUAUCAAUUGAUGAACAACUUAUUGAUUCAUUAUUAGAAAGUGUUCAAAAUACUCUAAGAAAACGUUCACAACAACAACAAACAACAUGGACAACUGAUAUACCAAUACAUCAUCAACAACCAACAAAUAAUCGUCGAACAUAUAGUUCAAGUGCUGCUUAUACAGAUUCGGUUCAUCGAAUGGAUCCAACGCGUGGACGAUUUCCAAUAAAACUUGUACGAAAUGAUAGUCCAACAAGUACAUUAUCAUCAAGGAGACCUUAUAGUCGUCAAGAUAAUCGAGAUGGUUAUACAACAACAGUUACAUCAGCAUCAACUACAGCCAUUCCGACACAUUUUCGUGCAACAUCAGAACCAGCACCAGAUGGACCAAUUGAAUUACGUCGUAUGGAUUUAGUUCGUUCACCUUCACGUACAUAUCUGGAUGGACCUCCAAAUGAAUAUUAUCAUUAUUCACGUUCAACAUUACCAACAAGUGGUGUACGUGUACGUGGUCAUGAUUACUCAGGAUAUGAAACUGAUACAGGUCUUGUCACAUCUCGUACUUAUGCUCCCAGAUAUUAUGGCGGUCCUCCUCCACCUCCAUCAGUACAACAUAUACCUCCACCUAUGCAUUAUCCAUAUUAUACUCAUCAACCAGCAAAUUUUGCACGUGAACGUCAUCAUGAAGGUUAUUCAACAAGUAGUUCUGGUGGUGGUGGUGGUGGUCAACGUUCAAUGUUACGUCCAGAUGGUUAUGAUACAGAUACAGGUUUAAUUAGUAGUGGUCGAUUACGUAUGACACGUACAUUACCACCACGUAUGGCAGCUAUACCUGAAACAUUAGUUGUUAAUAAUCGAAUGGUAUCAUCAUCAAAUUUAAAUAAUGUACCAACAAAUUUACGUGGUAGUUCUUUUCUUAAUGAAACAAAUACAUUACGUAAUCGAACUGAUAAUAUAAGUGGUUAUGAAACGGAUUCUGGUAUGAAUAUACGACAACAAAAUUAUUUUCGUCAACAAGUACCUAUUGAUAUACAAUAUGGUGAUAGUGGAUGGGUUGGUAAACAAUCAACAAUAAGACCUAUAUCACAACAACAACAACAACAACAACAACGAUUUAUUGAUAAUAAUCAACGUUAUCGUUCACAAGAUCAAUUACGUUCAGCAUCAAUACCUGUUUUUACACAAGAUACAUCAACAACAAUAUCACGUUUACCUGAUCAACAAAUAUCAAUAACAAAUAAAUCUCAACAAAAAAGAACGAUAAAUACAUUACCAUCAUCAACAGAAGCUAAACAACAAUGGGAAACAACGAGAAAAGAUGUUACAGUAUUACCAACUUUUUUUCCAGGUUCUGUUGGUUUAUCUAAUCCACCAAGUAAUAAUAAACAACAAAUGCCAGCAUCACCAGAAUUAAAACGAAAAUUUUCUGAUGAUCAUUCUUUUAAAAAAUCAACAAGACCACAAUGUACUAUUAUUGAAACAACAAUAUUACCUGUAUCGAAUGAUUCAAAUAUACCAAAACCACAAAUAUUUUCGACUACAGCAGAGAUUAUACCAACUGUAAAUGCUGAUCGUUUUGAUAAUCAAACAACAACAAUAACAAGUAAAACACCACAAACACCUACGUUUCCAGUAGCUACUCAAACUUAUAAUCAAAAUAUGCAAACACGUGUAGGCAAUAGUUCAUUUCGAAAUCAAGAAGAAAAUUCACGACGUUCAAGUAUUUCAUCUGCUGCAGAAUCUGAUGUAGUUCGUAAUGGUGCUUAUCAAGCACAUAAUGUUAGUCAAUAUUGGUAUAAAGAAAAAUUAUCGCGUGAAGAUGCAAUUAAUUUACUUAAAACAAAACCACCUGGAACAUUUCUUGUUCGAGAUAGUCAAGGUUUUCCAGGUUCAUAUGGUCUUGCAAUUAAAGUUGAAACAUUACCAGCGGGUAUUCAAGCAAAACAAGGAGCUGAUCCAAAUGCUGAACUUGUUCGACAUUAUCUUAUUGAACGAACACCAACUGGACAUGUUCGUUUGAAAGGAUGUCCAAAUGAACCUGAUUUUGCCAAUCUAUCAGCUUUAGUCUAUCAACAUUCAAUAACACCACUUGCCUUACCAAUAAAAUUAGUUUUACCAACUGCUGAUAUAACUGAAGAUUAUCGUUCUCUAGGAAAUCAACAACAACAACAGCAUGAAACAUUAAAAAAAGUGUCUGUAAAAGAUUUACUUGAAAAAGGAGCUGCUUGUAAUGUUGUCUAUUUAAAUAAUGUUGAUGUUGAAUCAUUAUCUGGUCAAAUGGCCGUAAAUAAAGCAUUACGUUCUACAUUUGAAAAUGCUGAUCGUUUACAAGCAACAAUUGUUCAUUUUAAAGUUUCAAAUACUGGUAUAACAUUAACUGAUACAAAGAAAAAAUUAUUUUCACGACGUCAUUUUCCUAAAGAAUAUGUCACAUAUUGUGGUGUUGACUAUGAAACAGAUCGUUAUUGGACACAUCAAUUUCCUGAUCUUGAAAUGUUACUGAAAGCAAAAUGUUUUGGUUUUGUUUCAAAGAAAAUCAAUGGAAAUAAUAGAUCGGCUCAAGCAGAAAAUGAAUGUCAUAUAUUUGCUGAAAUUGAUCGAACACAACCAUCAACAGCUAUUGUUAAUUUUGUAUCGAAAGUUAUGAUUGGAAGUGUACCUGUUUAA